AUGUCUGUCUCCUGUUCUUAUCUGCAGGCCACAAGAGCCCUAUAUGUGAUCCUGCAGGAGCAGGCCUGCAGGCAGGAGGUGAAGGAGCUCUUCCCUCAGCUCUACGUCGCGCUGCUCUUCCACAUCACCCACACAGUGCAGCACACUGCUUCGCAGGAGAGGGAGCAUAACCAGGAGGACACGGCCGAACCCCUCAGCCCCGUCAGGUUCGCGGUGAAGGCCAUGGAAGCUUUGCUUCUAUGCGCUGACUACAAGCAGCAGGCCUCCUUCAUGAUGAGGCAUGGCCGCUCGGACCUGCUCAUGAGCUCCGACACGCACCACAUAGGCGUCUGCCUGCUUGCUCGGGCCAUGGUUUGGCUCAAUUUCCAGGAGCGAAACUGGAUUUUCCACCAUCUCAUGGCCAUCCUCAAGUAUCAGGACGAUAGGCGGUACGUCCCAGCCAUGGCGCUCUUCAUUCAGCUCCUCAAGUGCCCUGACCUUGACAACGAGCUGGAAGACGCCAUCGUGGAGGAGAUGAGCAGGCUGCUGAGAGACCCCAAGACCGUGGUGCGCUGGUUGGCGCUCAAAGGCCUCCUCAAUCUGGCCCUUCGCCCAGAGAAGGUGGGGAAACUCCAGCAUCUGCUGCCAGAUGUUCUGGAGCGACUCCAGGAGGUAGACAGAGACCUCACCCACAAGGCCAUCGCCGUGCUGAAACACCUCCUCCCCGGCAUGGACAGACAGAGCGCUAGCCGCGUUGCUGUGCAAGUGGCUGCGCAACUCCUGCCGUUGUUUGAUUAUGUGACCAGCAAGCUCCUGGUGCUCUCCAUCACCCUUUUUAAAGACCUGCUGGAGCUUGUAAGGGGGCCCAACCGGAGUGAGAUGAAGGAGCAUGUGCUCCAGAUCCUGGUCCCACUGCUCCUCCUCGUGCAUGAUGAGCGUCCCAACGUGUCCCAGCCAGGGCAGGGAAGCGUUCAGCACGCACGGCCUCCCUGGCCUCCGGUAACUAGGCUAGUGGCUUCCAGCUCCCGUAACUGUGUCCGGCUCGCCCCGGCCCCUCUUGUUUUGCAGGUGUGUUGGGACACCCUCAGCAGUGCCGCCCAAUUCCUGAGGUGGCACCAUCUCAGUGGCCUCAUCCAGCACAAGGAAACCUGGCGAAUCUGUGACUGCCUGGUGACGCGCUACAACGGGAGAGCUGAUGACUUCCUGGGCCAGACCAUGGCCUUCCUGCAGCACCCACAGACUCCAGUUAGGGAAGCAGCCAUCAGGUUCCUAGGGCUCACUGCCCGGCAGCUGGACCAGGGGAGCCAGGACAAGCUGGACGCCAUCUGCGACAACCUCAAAGGCUUGCAGCAGGACAGCAUGUCCUCAGUCCAAUGCCUGGCUUCUCAGACCAUCUUCAUCCUGGAGGCCUUCAAGAACCAGCCUCCAGCCUGCUGCGGCCUAUGGACAUAGCCAGCUCUGUACCUCUCGGCCUAUGGACAUUCGUCCAUAGGAUAAGAACAAUGUGCACUGCGGAGAGCCCGCUCAUUGAAGCUGCCCAGCUGCCCUUGCUCUGGGAACAGCCAGCCUCCCUUCUCUGGGGGCUUGGUGCAUGAGAGCCCACCUGGAGCAAGGUGGAACACAUGGCUUCUUCCCAAUUGGCCGCCUGCGCUGCCCAGCCAUGUGAGUAGUUAACUGCUCAAUAGCUUUCAUCAUCAUGUACUUUUUGACAGGUUUCCAUGCACCGUGUUGCAUUUACGUCCUGCCCUCCGUCCCCAUUUCCAGUCGUGUACGUUUUUGAUGCCGUCGGCCAUUUUGAACAUUUAUUUUGUAUUAUUUUUCUGUGUUUGGCCGGGGGAAGGUUGUGUGCUUGUGUUUUGACAUAUUUAGAGAAAAAGUACGAAUGAGUAGAAAGAGAGGCUGUAAAGGGUUUGCAGUCCCCCCCCAGGCCCCACCGUCCGUCCAUCUGGGUGGGAGACCACACCCCUUGCUAUGAUACUUCCGGGUACGGUGGUUCAGGGGAAAAUUAGCUCAGUGUUAAUGGCUCUAGCCUGCAGUCAGGCCAAGUAACGGUAGAGAGUCUGUUUGCCCGGGGCCCUCAAUCAGGGCAGGGCGUCAGUCGAGAAGGGGAUCUGGCCUACAGUCAGGCAGGCAGAGCAGCAGGAGGUCCAUUUGCCUGGCCCUUGAUCAGGGUAGGGCAGCAGUCAAGUAGGGGGGCUCUGGCCUACAG